AUGACAGCUACUUUGCCAGAGGACAAGGAAAAGGUAGCCAUGGGCGAUGAAAAAGUUUCCACCCAGGGGGUAUCGUUCCCCUGUAUGCACAGCAUGUGGGGCCGCUGGGCUCCCGCCAUGGAGAGAACCAGGCUGGCUUCUUUCACUUAUGCAGGUACAACCGUCGGUAACGUCAUCACGUACAUCGUCUCAGGGCUCCUGUGUGUCUACGGCUUCGACAACGGAUGGGCCUCCAUAUUUUACCUCACAGGAGGUACAGCUUUUAUCUGGCUGUUUGUGUGGUUUGGGUUCGUGUCCGACUCACCUGAGGAUCACCCCAGCAUCUCACAGACGGAGAGAGACUACAUCGUCAGCCACAGGGGAGACAGGAUGUCCAAGAACGGCGUCUUGUCCUCAGUUCCCUACCUUGCCAUGAUUGUCACAGUGCUGCUCUCUGGCCACCUCGCAGACUGCUUACGUCACAGAUACCUCAGCACAACACACACACGCAGGCUCUUCCAGUCUCUCUCGUUCCUUGGUUCAGGUGCCUGUAUCGUUGCCGUGGGUUUCAUCGACUGUGAGAGACGCUCUCUAGCCGUUGUCGUUCUCACUCUCGCCGUGGCCUUAGAGGGGCUGAGCUAUGCUGGGUAUAUGGUCAACCAAGUGGAUUUUGCUCCCAGGUACGCCGGAGUACUGUAUGGAAUCACCAACUUUAUCUCCACCAUACCCGGGAUACUGGCUCCCAUUGUCACAGGAAAACUCACACCAAACAACGACCAGUCGGAGUGGUGCAAUGUGUUCUACGUGUGUGGGGCGUUCACAGUGGUGGGCACAGUGGUCUUCGGCGGCUUCGCAUCUGGCGAGAUCGAGCCCUGGGCGGCCGGGGAUGGAGGAGAGGGCGGGGAGGGUGACGUCAACGACAUGGAGGUGACCGUCAAGCCGGACACAGCUGACGUCACACUGGACAACACUGGUGGUGGUGGUGGUCACUGUAACAAGACUUUUUCCAAACUGGACCAAAAAAGUGAGGAGAACGUAUGUGCAGGAUGAGAGAAUUACUUACCACCCCCCCCCCCUCUAAAAAAAAAAGAAAAAGAGAGUGCAAACUACAAAACAAAGCAGUGAUUGAAAACAAACAAACAAACAAACAAACAUGCUAACAAAAUAAGAACAGCUGUGAAGACUAAUUAAUACUUUAAGCCAUCAACACAAGAAGAAACAAUCAACAAAACCAAAAAUCAAAUUUCGAACGGUGGAAGAGACGUCCAGGAAAUAUCAACGUUAUAUACGACGUGAUGUAUUCUAUGAAUAAAAUUUAAUAUUGUAAUAA